AUGAUCUUCAAGAAGCCUGCGGUGCAUGUACAACGUCUUUCCUUCGAUGAUUUCUACAUAAUUGAGCAGGUGGGUGAAGGCACCUACGGGCGUGUCUUCAAGGCGCGUAACGUUCACACAAACAAGCUCACUGCACUUAAAGUCGUCUUUCCUACUGAGGAUGAUGAGGGGCUUCCUUUCACAGCAGUCAGAGAAAUCAAGUACCUGCAGAUGCUGAGCGACAAUCCCAACGUGAUUAAACUCGAGGGAACCUUCUUCACCAGAGACGGCGAGCUUGUCUUGGCCUUCGAGUAUAUGGAGAAUGAUCUCUCAGGCCUUCUGUCGCUGAAGAACCUCCAAUUCAGCCCGGCGCAGACCAAAUGUCUCUUCAAGCAGGUGCUGGAGGGCCUUCACCAGUGCCACCGUGCGGGCAUCAUGCACAGAGACAUCAAAGCGGCCAAUCUGCUGCUGAACAAUGGUGAGCUGAAAAUGGCCGACUUUGGCCUAGCCUCCAACUACCUCCGGCGACGCACGUUCUCAACGAACGUGGUGACGCUUUGGUAUCGCGCACCCGAGCUCCUGCUCGGCGUCAACGCCUAUGGCCCCAAGGUGGACAUCUGGAGCGCGGGAUGCUUGUUCAUCGAGCUCCUGACGCGACAGUCGCCGUUCCCCGGCAGGGAAGAAAAGCACCAGCUGGAGCUCAUCGUACGGACGUGUGGGACACCCGACGAGAGGAACUGGCCUGGCGUGACCAAGCUCGAGGGCUACAAGCAGCUUCAGGGGCUCAUGGGCCACAAGAACCGGCUGCGAGAGGUCUUCGGCAAGUUCGAUCCUCGGGCGCUCGAUCUCCUGUCCAGGAUGCUCUCCCUGAAUCCUGCGGACCGGCCGACCGCCUCGGAGGCCCUUGACCACGACUAUUUCUGGACGGACCCGGUGCCUUGCAAAGCGACUGACCUGCCUCACUAUCCUGCGAUGCACGAAUACGAGGCGAAGAAAACGCGACAGAGCGAGCGCCAACCGAAGAGACAGAGGGUCACUGGCUACGCGCCUAACGUUCCGGUCGCGCCUCUUCGGUCGCAGCCCUACCCUCCGCACAAUGCCGGCUAUCCGCCGCACGUCCCUCUCCCCGUACCGCAACAGCCCGCGCGCGGCGACUACCCGCCUCCUCUUCCCUCUCCACACUAUGCCCACCUCCCGUACCCUUCGUCGAAGCUCGGGCAGUACGGCCAGCCACCAGCCAGGCAGAAUCUGCCCACAGGCCCGCAAGGCUGGGGACCGGCGGCUCACGGAACGCACCCCCCAGCCGCGGGCAAUGGCCUCCUGCCCACGCCUCACGUCCCUCUUACCGUUCCCGGCCACCCGCCACGGCCGACCGGCUACGCCGGCGCAUCCUCCUACCCGGGCAUCCACCCACCCUCGGCCAUGCCGCACUACGACGCCGCGCGAAGUAGUGGGUCGCGCCAUCGCCAGCCGUCGUCGGGUUCACUGGUGGCCAGCGCUCGGCAUCCGCUUGUUUCAUCUGGCCUGCCACCGCACCGUAUCGGCGGGGCUCAACCACAGUCGUCGUCAUCGUCAUCGUCGUUGCCUCCUAGCACGGGCCUCCGCGGAGGGUAUCACCACGCCGGACCCCGGGAGAUGAAUCGACCGCCGACCUCUUCGGCGCGGGUCGAGGGCGGGCCGCGACACGACAUGCCGCCCCACUUGGCCUCGGGCUACAACCGACCGCCGGCGGGCGCGCAUCGACCGGUCCACCACCACGCGGCGCUCCAGCACCAUAACCACCUCGGCCACCCGAUCAUCGCGGACGGCCAUCACGCACCAACUGCCCACAACAGUGUACAUAAGAGCCAUGCGCGGGCCACGUUGAGCAGCGUCGAGCGGAUGGGCGUGGGCGUCGACACGACCGGCAAGCGCAAGAGGGAGGCCACGCCGCUCUCGUAG